AUGGCCAAAGACCAGCGCAGUGACCGACGUGCGAAGAAAAGAGUCUACCGCGCCAAGAAGAGCACCCAGGACCCUGACGUUGUCGAGAGCAAACACGAUCGCAUAAGUAGCUCCCGAGAAAAUCAGACUUCAUCGCCCUUUCUACGUCUAUCAGCCGAGCUCCGUAACCACAUUUACGACUAUUGCUUCGUCAAUGCACAGCAAGAGCAGAAGCACGGGAGCUCUGGUCCUGAAAUUACUCCGGGAGUACCGUCUCUAGCUCAAGUCUGUCGCCAAAUCCGCACAGAAUUCGCGCCUAUAUUCUUCAGCAGGGCCACAUUCCGCUUUGGAAAGAUGGAAAUGAUGGCGGAUUUUAGUCACUCACUGACUGGGGGGCACCGUCAAGUCAUUAAAUCCGUGUGUCUAUCGAUGGUCGCGGUAGAUGAAGUAGUGUAUUGGUACAUGUGCUCCCGAAUUUGCAAGGAAACUCGGCGGGAUGCAGAACAUGUCAGAGAUUUGAUUCAGUUCCCAUCGUUGGGGAACGUCGAGGCCGAGGUUAAAAUCCGCGUCCAGCGCGAUUCCGAAGCCCAUGCCCUAAUCAGGGAUGCUGUUAGGUUGUAUUUUGAGAAUAAUGACCUGCAUGUCGAUUGCUAA